UUCUUCUCAGGUGUUUUGGGGAACGAGUUUAGUAUAUUAAGAUCCCCGGGGUCCGUUGUGUUCCGCGAUGGAAAUUGGCCUAUACCAGGAGAGCGAAUCCCAGAUGUGGCUGCAUUAUCCAUGGGCUUCUCUGUGAAAGAAGACCUUUCUUGGCCGGGCCUUGCCGUGGGAAACCUAUUCCAUCGUCCUCAGGCCACCGUGAUGGUGCUGGUGAAGGGGGUGGACAGGCUCGCGCUGCCCGCAGGCAGCGUCAUUUCCUACCCGCUGGAGAAUGCGGUUCCUUUUAACCUUGACAGUGUUGCAAAUUCCAUUCACUCCUUAUUUUCUGAAGAAACUCCAGUAGUUUUACAGUUGGCUCCCAGCGAAGAAAGAGUGUACAUGGUGGGGAAGGCAAAUUCAGCUUUUGAAGAUCUUUCAGUAACGUUACGACAGCUCCGCAGUCGCCUGUUUCAAGAAAACUCUGUUCUCAACUCCCUUCCCCUCAAUUCCCUGAGCAGGAACAAUGAAGUCGAUCUGCUCUUUCUUUCUGAACUGCAAGUUCUACAUGAUAUUUCAAGUUUGUUGUCUCGACAUAAGCAUCUAGCCAAGGACCAUUCUCCUGACUUAUAUUCACUGGAGCUGGCAGGUUUGGAUGAAAUUGGGAAACAUUACGGAGAAGAUUCUGAACAAUUCAGAGAUGCUUCUAAGAUCCUUGUUGAUGCUCUACAAAAGUUUGCAGAUGACAUGUAUGGUCUCUAUGGUGGGAAUGCAGUGGUAGAGCUGGUGACUGUCAGAUCGUUCGACACAUCCCUUGUGAGGAAGACCAGGACUAUCCUUCAGGCAAAACAAGAGAAGAACCCAUCAAGUCCCUAUAAUCUUGCUUAUAAGUAUAAUUUUGAGUAUUCAGUGAUUUUCAACAUGGUACUUUGGAUAAUGAUCGGCUUGGCCUUGGCUGUGAUUAUCACCUCUUACAAUAUUUGGAACAUGGAUCCUGGAUAUGAUAGCAUCAUUUACAGGAUGACAAACCAGAAGAUUCGAAUGGAUUGAACUUUCCUUAAGUCAAACUUAGAAAAGGGGUUUGGAAAUUGGCUGUUUUGUGAAAAUAAAUCUUUCAGGGUACAGUAGACAGUACACUUUAAAUGUUUUUAAAAGCAAAUUUUGUUCUCUAUUUUGUGUGUGCCUGUGAGGUUGUUUUAGAAUGAAUUAUAGUAUUGAUGUGAAUUGUUUGUGUAACAGAUUCCGUAAUAUGCUCAAUUAUGAUAUAACCAGUAAUUAUAAUUUCAUUCCAUUUAGUAUUUGAAAAUAAUGCACUGAAAUAAAUGUAAAACAUUUAGAAUAGCUUGUGUUAUUUAUGUUGACAAAAUGCACUGAAUUUAUUAAGAUUAUGAAUGCUUAACUUCCUUACAGGAUAGGUGAAAAUGCUAUUUGGGUUGUUAUGUACUAUGAGCUAUUAUAAAUGUCUUAAUUUGAUGUAAGUAUCUCUGAAACAAGAGAAGAUUUUUAACUUUAGAGCAGCUCUAGACUAUGCAUGUGCAUAUACAGUCACUCAGAUUUGGAACUGCAUCUGUUUUUCAACCUCUUGAAAGUUUGCUGAUCCGAUGGUCUAGUGUGGAUAUUAAAAAUAUUAAAGCUAAGAAGAAAUAGCUUUGUGGAGUUAUAAAUCCUCAUAAUUAUACAGAUAGGACAAAUAUUUGAGGGAUGUCUAGGGUCAUGAAUAUAAAAAUCUCUUUAUUUCAGUAACUUUUCUCUGUGUAAGUUACUAUGGUUCGUGGUACAAUGUCGUUAUCAAAGACUAAGUGUAGAUGUUCCUACUUUUGAUGUGGAAGUGGACCAAUGUCUGUGAAGAGUGACAAAUAAAGUUAAUGAUUCCAAAUCUG